UUCGUCCUUUCGUCCUUUCUUCUCUUUCUCCAUCUCUCUUUUGCUCUUCGUCCUUUUUCCUGUGAAGAGUAUAUCUUCAUAUUUGCCAGCGACGUUCGUUUCGUCUCGUCCCCUUCUGCCAGCCUUACCCCGCGAACAUCCCCCCUAGCGUACCCCACAUUCCCGCCCGCGCAACAUGACAGCUGCAAUACAGACACAACCACCAGCACCGAAGGAGACAUUUCACUUCAUCAACGCCCCCGCCGAUGCAAUCAACGAGGCCGCACAUGGCCUCACCGAACACCAUCCAACCCUCUCCUACGCACCGGCACAUAAGAUCGUGUACCGCAGCGAUCUCGACACCUUCCGGCGAGACCAUGUAACAACCAUUGGAUUUGCCGGCGGCGGGCAUGAGCCGAUGUUCUCCGGGUUCGUGGGCCCUUCCUAUCUCUCCUGUGCCGUGUCAGGGAAUAUCUUCGCGUCUCCGACAGCAGCGCAGAUAUUUGAAGCGAUACGGCUCUGUCAACCGCUGGACUCGCCUUCCAGGGGAACUUUGAUCGUGUGUGGGAAUUAUACGGGUGAUAUUCUGAAUGCGGGCUUGGCUAUCACGAGAGCCACGGCGGCGGGGUACAAGGUCAGAUUCAUCCCAGUAGGGGACGACGUUGCAGUGGGGAGGAAAAAGGGCGGCAAGGUGGGAAGACGGGGGCUGAGUGCACAUGUAGUUGGAUUGAAGAUCGCGUGUGCUUUGGCAGACCAAGGGGAGAGCCUUGAAAAGGUCGGCGAUGUGAUGGAAUACAUUGCCGCCAAUUCGGGGACCAUCGCCGUGGCCUUUGACCGGGUUGCACUGCCCAAUAGCGUCGUCACUGAAAUCCAGACACUCCCUCCAGCAACCAUCGAGCUCGGGUUGGGUUGUCAUGGCGAGCCAGGCCUGCGCAAGAUAUCGCCGGUCCCUAGCCCAGAGGCUCUCACUGAAGAGAUGAUAAAUCUUCUAGUAGAUACAUCUGACACCGAUCGUGGUUUCAUCCCGUUUUCCGGUACUGGAGUGGACGAAGUCGUUCUUCUCGUCAAUAGUUCUGGAAGUACUUCCGACAAGGUCCUUGCUCGAUUCGCUGAACUAGCCAUUGCGGAGCUAGAGAGACGGGGCAUUCGCGUGAAAAGAAUGAUAUUGGGACCAAUGGUCACUAGCUUGAAGCAGAGCGGGUUUGGAUUUACGCUCUGGAGGCUACCAAACACAGACGAGAAAGGUGUGCUUAGUAGAGACGAGGCAUUGACAUGUUGGGAUAGACGCGUGGAUGUGGUUGCUUGGAGGCAGUAA